GGGAUGCCGUAGUGGCCCUCCCCCGGCUGCUCGGGUCCGGCCGACAUGGCGGCCUCCGAGUUAGCGCCGGCUGGGAAUCCAGGCACUGCGGAGGGCGAGGAGGAGACGAUUCUUUACGACUUGCUGGUCAACACUGAGUGGCCCCCAGAGACAGAAGUACAGCCUAGAGGCACCCGAAAACAUGGUGCAUCCUUUAUCAUCACGAAAGCAAUUAGGGACCGUUUAUUAUUUUUACGCCAAUAUAUCUGGUACAGCCCUGCACCUUUUUUGCUCCCUGAUGGACUGGUUCGCUUGGUUAAUAAACAGAUAAACUGGCAUUUGGUGCUUGCAAGCAAUGGAAAACUUCUGGCUGCUGUUCAAGAUCAGUGUGUGGAGAUCAGGUCUGCAAAAGAUGAUUUUACAUCUAUUAUUGGGAAAUGCCAAGUUCCAAAAGACCCAAAACCCCAGUGGAGACGGGUGGCGUGGAGCUACGACUGUACCCUGCUGGCCUAUGCCGAAAGCACGGGGACUGUGCGGGUGUUUGAUCUUAUGGGAAGUGAACUCUUCGUUAUUACUCCGGCGUCUGGCUCAGCAGGUGAUUUGGGCUGUGCCGUUGCUGGGUUGAUAUUUUUAGAGUACGAAGCAAGCGCGCAGUGGUCUGCGGAGCUCUUGGUCAUCAGUUACCGAGGAGAACUUAGAAGCUACCUUGUAAGUGUUGGAACAAAUCAGAGCUAUCAGGAGAGUCACUGUUUCAGCUUCAGUAGUCAUUAUCCUCAUGGAAUCAACACCGCUGUUUACCAUCCUGGACACAGACUUUUAUUGGUUGGUGGAUGUGAAACUGCUGAAGUGGGCAUAUCAAAAGCUGCUAGCUGUGGACUUUCAGCCUGGAGAGUUCUUUCAGGAUCGCCUUAUUAUAAGCAGGUCACUAAUGGCGGAGACAGGGUCCCUGCAGUACCGAAGACACUGGGAUUAUUAAGGAUGUUAAGUGUCAAGUUUUACAGUCGCCAGGGACAAGAACAGGAUGGAAUCUUUAAGAUGAGCCUUUCUCCAGAUGGGACCCUCCUUGCAGCCAUUCACUUCUCAGGGAAACUAAGCAUCUGGGCCAUUCCGUCUCUGAAGCAGCAAGGGGAGUGGAAUCAAAAUGAGCAGCCAGGCUAUGAUGACCUUAAUCCUAACUGGAGACUCUCUCCUGAGAAGAGAAAAAAAAUCAAAGAUAAGGAGUCCUUCUACCCACUGAUAGAUGUGAACUGGUGGAUGGACAGUGCAGUGACUUUGGCUCGCUGCUCUGGUGCUUUGACUGUCUCGUCGGUGAAAACUUUAAAGAACUUACUGGGAAAAUCCUGUGAAUGGUUUGAGCCAUCCCCUCAAGUCACUGCGACCCAUGACGGGGGAUUUUUAAGUUUGGAGUGCGAGAUUAAACUUGCCCCCAAGCGAUCCCGUUUGGAGACGAGAGGAGGAGAGGAGGACGAAGGAGAAGAGGACUCGGAUUCUGAUCAGGAAGGAUCUGCCAAGGCUCGCUACUUUGGUUACAUAAAGCAGGGCCUGUACUUGGUGACGGAAAUGGAGCGAUUCGCCCCGCCGCCUCUGCAGCUGGACAUUGGUGCUGAAGAGGAAAAUAGCUUUUUACUGUUGAGCUUCUCGAGCAGCUGCCUGUGGCCAAGAACCUGGGGAGCUGUCCUCUCUCAGGUACAGCUUUCUGAUUCCAGAAGGCAGUUGUCUGGUGCUGUCAGGUGUCAUGAGUUCUUUAAUGCCUCUGUUUUUUAUUUUCUCUGUAUCCAGAGUAAAAUAAAGAAACGAUCCUGGGUUCUUCAUGAGUGUUUGGAGAGAGUUCCUGAAACUGUGGAUGCUGCAAAGGAACUGCUUCAAUAUGGAUUAAAAGGCACGGACCUGGAGGCGCUUUUAGCAAUAGGGCAAGGAGCAGAUGAUGGCAGAUUUAUAUUACCUGGUGAAAUGGACAUUGACGGUGUCUCCUACGAGGAUCUUUCGCCACCUGGCGAAGAGCCUGCCAAGAAGAAAAGGGAGAAGGGGCUCAGGAAGACGCGAGAACUGCUCCAGCUAGUGGACUUUUCCAAGUUAACGCUGGAACAAAAGGAACUUUGCCGUUGUAGACUGAAACUGUUGACUUACUUAGAUCGGCUUGCAACAUACGAGGAAAUCCUCGGAGUGCCUCAUGCAUCUGAACAGAGAUAUGAUGCUGAAUUCUUUAAGAAGUUCAGAAAUCAGAAUAUUGUUCUCUCAGCAAGAACUUACGCUCGGGAAAGUAAUGUACAAGCCUUAGAAAUUCUGUUCACUUACCAUGGAUCUGACCUGCUUCCUCAUCGCCUUGCAAUUCUCUCCAACUUCCCGGAGACCACUUCUCCACACGAAUAUUCUAUUUUGCUGCCUGAAGCUUGUUGUAGCGGUGACUCCUUGAUGAUCAUUCCUUGGCAUGAACAUAAACACCGAGAUAAAGACUGGUGUGAGGAGCUGGAGUGCAGAAAGGUGGUUGAGCCGAGUCUUCCAGAUGACAGUGAGUUCCUGUAUGCUGCGCAGCCCGAGUUACUGCCGUACAGGACCAGCCAGCUUGCAGUGGGGAAGGUGACGGACUGGUAUCAGGCCAGAGCGGAGGAAAUCGAGCACUACGCUCGACAGGUUGACUGUGCAUUGUCACUUAUUCGACUUGGAAUGGAGCGGAAUAUCCCUGGUUUGCUGGCUCUCUGUGAUAAUUUGGUUACUCUGGAAGCGUUGGUUUAUGAAGCUGGGUGUGAUUUAACCCUAACCCUGAAAGAACUCCAGCAGAUGAAAGACAUUGAAAAACUCAGAUUGCUGAUGAAUAGCUGUUCCGAGGACAAGUAUGUGACAAGUGCCUACCAGUGGAUGGUUCCCUUUCUGCAUCGUUGUGAGAAGCAGUCUCCCGGCGUGGCUAAUGAGCUCUUAAAAGAGUAUUUAGUAACUUUAGCCAAAGCGGACUUGAAAUUUCCCCUGAAGAUAUUUCAGCAUUCCAAGCCUGAUUUGCAGCAAAAAAUCAUUCCUGAUCAGGACCAACUGAUGGCAGUAGCACUAGAUUGCAUCUAUAACUGUGAACGAAAUGACCAACUCUCUCUUUGCUAUGACAUCUUAGAAUGUCUGCCCCAAAGAGGAUACGGUCAUAAAACAGAGGUAACCACAGCUCUGCAUGACAUGGUAGACCAGCUGGAACACAUUCUCAGUGUGUCAGAGAUUCUGGAGAAACAUGGACUUGAGAAACCAAUUUCAUUUGUUAAAAAUACUCAGUCUAGCUCAGAAGAGGCACGCAAGCUGAUGGUUAGAUUGACCAGGCACACCGGUCGGAAGCAGCCUCCUGUCGGUGAGUCUCACUGGAGAAUGUUGCUGCAAGACAUGUUAACUAUGCAGCAGAAUGUUUACACGUGUCUAGAUGCUGACGCUUGCUAUGAGAUAUUUACAGAAAGCCUUCUGUGUUCCAGUCGCCUUGAAAAUAUCCACCUGGCUGGGCAGAUGAUGCACGGCAGUGCUUGUUCAAUAAACCCACCAGCUAGCGGAGCCCAAAAAGGAAAAACCCAGUAUAGGGUCAGUUAUGAAAAAAGUAUCGACUUGGUUUUGGCUGCCAGCAGAGAGUACUUCAAUUCUUCUACCAACCUCACAGACAGCUGCAUGGAUCUGGCCAGGUGCUGCUUACAGCUGAUAACAGACAGGCCCGCUGCUGUUGAAGAAGAGCUCGAUCUUAUCCAAGCCCUGGGGUGUCUUGAAGAAUUUGGUGUGAAGAUUCUCCCUUUGCAAGUGCGAUUGUGCUCUGAUCGGAUCGGCCUCAUCAAGGAGUGUAUUUCCCAGUCCCCCACGUGCUACAGACAGUCCACCAAGCUUCUGGGCCUUGCUGAGUUGCUGAGGGUCGCAGGGGAAGAUCCAGAGGAAAGACGCGGACAGGUUCUAAUCCUUCUAGUAGAGCAGGCCCUUCGUUUCCAUGACUACAAAGCUGCCAGUGUGCAUUGUCAGGAGCUGAUGGCCACAGGUUAUUCUAAAAGUUGGGAUGUCUGUAGCCAGUUAGGACAGGCAGAAGGCUACCCGGACUUGGCCGCGCGCCAGGAGCUCAUGGCAUUUGCAUUGACACAUUGCCCUCCUGGCAGCAUCCAGCUUCUCCUGGCUGCUAGCAGCUCUCUGCAGACAGAAAUUCUUUAUCAAAGAGUGAAUUUCCAGAUCCAUCCAGAAGGAGGGGCGAGCAUCAGUGUCUCACCGUUGGUCAGUAAAGCGCUCCAAGAGGAUGAGGUCAGUGUCCCAGGCAGCAACUCGGCUGACCUGCUCCACUGGACCACUGCCACCACCAUGAAAGUGCUCUCCAACACCACGACCACCACCAGGGCCGUGCUGCAGGCCGUCAGCGACGGGCAGUGGUGGAAGAAGUCUUUGACUUACCUUCGACCCCUUCAGGGGCAAGAAUUCGGGGGUGCUUAUCAAAUCGGAACCAUAGCCAAUGAAGGUCUAGAAAAACAAGGCUGCCAUCCUUUUUAUGAAUCCGUCAUCACCAAUCCCUAUGUUGUCGAGUCUCAAGUGACCUGUGACGCCUAUCAGCAUGUCCCAGUAGAAAGCUUUGCAGAAGUGCUGCUGAGAACUGGGAAGCUGGCAGAGACUAAAACUGAAGGAGAAGAAGUAUUUCCAGCGACAGAAGUUCUUUUGAAACUAGCAAGUGAUGCUUUACCAAGUGAUAUGACCUUGGCUCUUGCUUAUCUCCUUGCCUUACCGCAGGUGUUGGAUGCCAACAGGUGCUUUGAGAAGCAGUCCCACUCUGCGGUGUCCCUGCAGCUGGCAGCCUACUACUACAGCUUGCAGAUCUACGCCCGGUUGGCUCCGUGUUUCAUGGACAAGUGCCACCCUCUCUACAGGGCUGAUCCUAAAGAGCUCAUCAAGAUGGUCACCAGGCACGUGACUCGAUAUGGACACGAAGCCUGGCCCGAGGACCUCGUGCCGCUGACCAGGCAGUUGCACUACUACAACGAGCGUCUCCUGGAUUUCACGCAGGCUCAGGUCCUCCAGGGCCUGCGGAAGGGCGUGGACGUGCAGCGGUUCACUGCGGACGACCAGUAUAAAAGGGAAACUAUCCUUGGCCUGGCAGAGACACUGGAGGAGAAUGUCUACAGCAUUGCUCUCUCUCUGGCUCAGCGCUACAGCGUCUCCCGUUGGGAAGUUUUUAUGACCCAUUUAGAGUUCCUGUUCACCGACAGUGGUUUGUCCACAGGAGUUUCAUGCCUGGGGAGCACAGUCAUGGAAAGAAACAUAGAUGUCACGGAGGGACUGAAGAAGCGAGGAGGUAUGGCUGUCACCAGUGCCCGGAUGAGAAGACGGGCACGCAGGAGCCGAAGAAGGCUUCUCAGCCAGCCAUGCAAGGGGCUGCGCGUGUGUUUGAAAGCUCCUGUGUGUUUAUGUUGGAAUGAACUACUCCUUUUUUUCCUUUUCUUUUCAAUAGGUCUUAAUUAUAAAAAGCUGACGGAUGAAAACACGAAUCCUCUUGAGGCAUUGGAGCCAGUCCUUUCAAGUCAGAAUAUCUUAUCUAUUUCUAAACUUGUUCCCAAAAUUCCUGAAAAGGAUGGACGGAUGCUUUCGCCAAGCUCUCUGUACACCAUCUGGUUGCAGAAGUUGUUCUGGACCGGAGACCCUCACCUCAUUAAGCAAGUCCCAGCGUCCUGCCCAGAGUGGCUGCAGGCCUUCGACGUCUGCGCGAAGUACUUCGAUCGCCUGCGCCCGGGGGACCUCAUCACUGUGGUGGAUGCGGUUACAUUCUCUCCGAAAGCUGUGACCAAGCUCUCUGUGGAAGCACGUAAAGAAAUGACUGGAAAGGCUAUUAAGGCAGUCAAACAUUUUAUUGAGAAACCAAGGAAAAGAAGUUCAGAAGAAGAUGUUCAAGAAGCUAUCGAUUCAAAAAUGACCUACACGGAUGCCUUGGAUCAUCUGGAGAAAUCACUGGCUCACCUGGAAACCCUCAACCACAGCUUCAUCGUUUCUCUGAGGACUAGCGAGCAGGAAACACUGCAGAAAUACAGUUACAUCUAUGAUCUGUCCCGGUCAGAAAAAGAGAAAGUUCAUGAUCAGGCUGUGGCCAUGUGUUUGGACGGGCAGCCUCUGAGAAUGAUUCAGCAGCUGCUCGAGGUGGCCGUCGGCCCCCUCAACAUCUCGCCCAGGGAUGUAGUACAGAGCGCAGUGAUGAAAAUCGUCUCUGCACUAAGUGAGGGCAGUGCUGACCUUGGAGGGCCGGCAGACCCGCUCCGCGUCCUGGAAGGGGUUGUCGCCGCAGUCCACGCCAGUGUGGACAAGGGAGAAGAGCUGGUUUCCUCUGAGGACCUGCUGGAGUGGCUGCGGCCUUUCUGUGCUGAUGACACCUGGCCCGUGAGGCCCCGCAUUCACGUGCUGCAGAUUUUGGGACAGUCAUUUCACCUGACGGAGGAGGAUGGCAAGCUCCUUGUGUUCUUUAGAACGGAAGCCAUUGUCAAAGCCACUUGGCCCCAGAGACAGGUGGGCGUCACUGACACGGAGGAUGAGGAGAAGCGCUACUCACUCUUCGUGGAGCUCCUGGACGCCAGUCACCGAGACGCUGAGUUUCAGCACCUGGUUUUGCUCUUGCAGGCGUGGCCACCUAUGAAGCGUGAAUAUGUAACCAGCGUAACCAAGAACCCGUGGGUGAGACUGGCUACAGCGAUGCUGACCAGGUGUCCGACAGAGGACAAGGAAGGGCUGGGGAACGAAGUGCUGAGAAUCUGUCGCUCCUUGUAUGACACCGAACAGAUGCUGCCUGCAGAGGGUGUGAAGGAGCUGUGCUCGCUGCUGCUCCAGCAGUCCCUGCUGCUCCCGGCCCUGAAGCUUCUCCUCGAGAGCCAGGACGAGGGUCUGCAGGCCGCGGCGCUGGAGCACGUCACCGCCAUCACUCAGGUGAACGAUUCAAACUGUGACCAAGAACUCCUUUCCCUGCUCCUGGAUGCCAAGCUCUUGGUGAAGUGUGUCUCCACUCCCUUCUAUCCGCAUCUCAUCCAGCACCUGUUGGCCACCCAGCAAGGGCGCUGGGAUGCAGAGGAGCUGGCCAGACACCUGCGGGGGGCCGGCCAUGAAGCCGAAGCUGGGUCACUCCUUCUGGCCGCCAGGGGCACCCAUCAGGCCCUGUGGACCUUCAGCACCGCGCUCAGUGCAGGGCGGCACUGGGUGUGAGCGCCUUCUCGUGGCCACGCACAGCCCCCGGUCCCUCACUCCUGGUGGAAGAGAGCUCCCAGAGCCCAGUGCUGUCCCCAGAGGCAACAUGUGUACCUACUGAUUGUUUUCAGUGCGUCCAGCAAGU